AUUCCGCCCCGCCGGAAAUCGCAUUUUAAAAAGUCACUCUUCCCCAUACCCUAUACUUUUCCCGGAAAGCACGCGUGGCAAUUCCUCUUCCUUCUCUUCUUCUCCUCGUCUUGCUGCUUGUCGCUUUUUCUAGUGAGCCAAUUGCUCGUCGUCAUCAUGUGUGGCAUCUUCGCGUGUUAUAACCACCCUGAUGUGCAAAAAUUUAAGCCUACGGCUUUGCGCAUGGCCAAGGCCGUGCGCCAUCGUGGACCCGAUUGGAGCGGAAACUACAUCGCUGAUAAGACCAUCCUUGCACACGAGCGUCUGUGUAUCGUCGGUGUCGACUCUGGUGCUCAGCCCCUUGUGAACGAAGACGGUUCCCUCGCUCUGGCCGUCAACGGAGAGAUCUACAACCACCGUAUUAUCAGAAAGAACCUGAAGAACCAAUAUGACUUCAAAACACAUUCGGAUUGCGAAGUCGUUAUCCCAUUGUACAUGGAACAUGGUCUUGAUGCCCCCAAGCACCUUGACGGCAUGUUCUCUUGGGUUCUUUAUGACAGAAAGCAAGACCGGGUUGUUGCGGCACGCGAUCCCAUUGGUGUCACUAGCUUCUACAUCGGCUGGUCUUCGGAGACCCCUGGGGCUAUCUACUUCGCUUCGGAGCUGAAGUCCUUGCACCCAGUUUGCGAUAAGAUCGAGGCCUUCCCUCCUGGCCAUAUUUUCGACUCGAAGACCGGCUCUAUGACUCGCUAUUUCGAGCCCAAGUGGUGGGAUUCCACUGCCGUCCCCACGACUCCUCUCGACCUUAAGGUUCUCCGUCACACCUUGGAGAAGUCUGUUCGGAAGCGUCUGAUGGCUGAAGUUCCUUACGGUGUUCUGCUGUCCGGUGGUCUGGAUUCCAGCUUGGUCGCCUCCAUUGCUCAGCGUGAGACUUUGCGCAUGCAGGAGGCUGCCAAGGUAGCCAUCCAGAACCAGACGGGCUCAUCCGAUCUGGUUGGCAUUGACGACAGCAACGAGCUCUCUACCGUCACCACUUUCCAACAGCUGCACUCCUUCUCCAUCGGUCUGCCCGGUGCUCCCGAUACUGAGGCUGCCCUUGAGGUGGCCAGGUACCUUGGAACCAAGCACCACGCUUUCACCUUCACCGUUGAGGACGGUAUUAACGCUCUUUCCGAUGUCAUCUACCACCUGGAGACUUAUGAUGUGACCACCAUCCGUGCAUCUACCCCCAUGUAUCUCCUCAGCCGCAAGAUCAAGGCGAUGGGUGUGAAGAUGGUUCUGAGUGGUGAGGGAAGUGACGAGAUCUUCGGUGGCUACCUCUACUUCCACGCUGCCCCCAACAAGGAAGAAUUCCACAAGGAGACUGUGAGACGAGUCAAGGCCCUGCACCUGGCAGACUGUCUCAGAGCGAACAAGUCGACCUCCGCUUGGGGUCUGGAAGCCCGUGUGCCUUUCUUGGACAAGAACUUCCUUGAGACUGCUAUGGGCAUUGAUCCUCAGGAAAAGAUGAUCACCAAGGGGCGCAUUGAGAAGUACAUCCUGCGUAAAGCAUUCGACACUACCGAUGAGCCCGAUGUCGAGCCAUACCUUCCCGAGAAGAUCCUCUGGCGCCAGAAGGAGCAGUUCAGCGACGGCGUUGGCUACAGCUGGAUCGACGGUCUGAAGGACCAUGCUGAACUUCAUGUCACUGAUGAAAUGAUGAAGAACCCCAAGCCCGAAUGGGGCAACGAUAUCCCUGAUACAAAGGAAGCUUACUGGUACCGUAUGAUGUUCGACGAGCACUUCCCACCUUACUGCGCAUCUACUGUUGAGCGUUGGGUGCCGACAUGGUCGAAACAGACCGACCCUAGUGGAAGAGCUAUUGCGACUCACAACGCCAAGUACGACCAUGUUGAGUAAAUGUUUAAAUAAUUAUGCUUGCAAUUUAUGUCGGGUAUUUGGGAUAGACUCAUGCAUUAGAGACGUGUCUCGAAAAGUGUUUUUUUCCGCCUCAAACAGCGCGGAGGGUUAUGAAGUCCCUUUCAAAACUGCUCUUGUUCCCCUUAGCU